AUGUUCCGAACUAAUAGCACUUCACAAAUUACAAUUCCGCGCGGGGGUGGCGCUACGAAAAGCGCAAAUACAUUUUAUCUUAAUCUAAACAACCUUUGUCUCCAGGUCUUCGACCCUCAAGGCCGCUUCCUCCGAGCAUUCGGCAGCCAGGGCACUGGAGACGGCAAGUUCAACUACCCGUGGGGCAUCACCACGGACGCGCUGGGCUUCAUCUACGUGUGUGACAAGGAAAACCAUAGAGUACAGGUGUUCCAAUCAGACGGCACAUUCGUGGGCAAGUUCGGCAGCUUCGGCUCGAAACUGGGCCAGCUUGAACAUCCCCACUACAUCGCCGUCUCCAGCACCAACCGAGUCCUGGUGUCGGACUCCAACAACCACAGGAUCCAGGUGUUCGACGUUAACGGUCGCGUGCUCUCAUCGUUUGGAGAGGAAGGCUCUGAGGAUGGACAGUUCAAGUUCCCGAGGGGUGUAGCCGUCGACGACCAAGGCUACAUCGUGGUGGCUGAUUCUGGCAACAACCGCAUCCAGAUCUUCCACCCUGAUGGCACGUUCCUGAGAGCCUUUGGUUCUUGGGGGUCCAGUGAUGGGGAGUUCAAGGGUCUGGAGGGCAUCGCCGUCAUGUCUGGAGGCAACAUCAUUGUGUGCGAUAGAGAGAACCAUAGGGUGCAGGUGUUCUAAAGGUGAGAUGAAAAAAA